CCAGAAUGGCUUGAGAUAUGCCCUGGAUCUCAGGCCUUUCCCAAGGUGCUCUGGAGAAGCAGAGAAGAGCACAGCAGAGCCAACCCCCAGGGAAACAAAAAACAAAGAUUCUAAGGUGACGAAGGCAAGAACUGAAAGCAGGCUGUAGUGACAGAGGCAAUGAGUGCCCGGGCCACACGGCCCCGAAGCCGUCGAGGGAGGCAUCCUCUGCCUGGGGAGCUAGACCCUGUAGCUGAGAGCUCAGAGGAAGUAGAUGCCAACAAUGGACGCUUCGAGACUAAACCUGAGCUGCAUCAGGAAUACCUUGGUCCUGACCUUCAGAGCCCAAGGAACUGGAUCAAAGAGGGUUGUGAUGUGGGAUCCCAUGUGGUUCUAUCCUUGAGCCUAGAAGAACAGUGCAAGCCUGAGGUGGAAGCCCACCAGGUCCUGCAAGAAGCCCCCCUGGAUCCUGGCCCUGCUGAGAUAUCAGUACCCAGUGUGUAUGAGACCUUGCAGUGCAGGCUGAGCUCCCUUGAGGCAGUUGUAGCUGCCUUGCGCCACCACUCCUCGCUAAGUUUUCCAAAGUCAGUGGAAGCAGAAGACAGAGACCAGGGGGCUCCGGGGCCCUUUGGUGAUGAGAAAGAAGAUGCAGGAUCUGGACAGCAGGAGGCAGCUCGCCUCAUAGAGAGGAACGCCUGGCUGCGGCUAGCCCUGUGCAACCGGGAGGAUGAGCUGGCAUGCACUCAGGCUUCACUGCAGGACGCCCAGGCAGAGAAGGAGACUCUGCAGAGACAGGUACAGGAGCUGGAGGAUUCCCUGAUGCAGAUGGAGGCCUCCCCGCCUCCCCCCAUCCUCAGAGCAGGGCGUAGAAACAGCAGCUCCAGUACUUCUGGAGCAGAAAGGAGACCCUGGGGGCCUCAGGACUCUCCCAUGGCUCACCCCUUUCUCCAACGCCUCCGGAGUGACUCCAGCACCCAGAGCUUUGGGUGCCUUUCCACACAGCAUCCAGCCCCAGAGACGUACCUCAUGGAAGACCAGAUGGGGCAGCUCCAGGGGAGCAUUGAGAAGUUGAAGUGCUUCAACCGUCUUCUUCUGGCUGUGCUCCAGGGCUACAAGGGCCGUUGUGAGAGCCUCAGCAUUAAGCUGGCCAAGCGGGAAGCCGAGGCCACAGCCCUGCGCCUGGCUCUGCAGUAUAGUGAGGACUGUGAGGAGGUGUAUGAGGUGCUGCUAGCUCUGAAGAUGGCUGGCCUAGGAACUGGAGUUGGAACUACCAAGGGCGACCUGCAAGCUGCUGAGAAGGAGGCCUCUAGGCUGCUGGUGAAGAAGGAAGCAACCAUGGAGGUAGAGACACCCCAGACCAGCUCAGAGGGCAGUGGUGUGGACAAGCCUACACCAGAGGAACUGGCCGCUCAGCUCCAUGGCUAUGUCCAGCAUCUCCGGGAACGCUGGGCUCUGGUGAAGAUCCCCGAAGCACUUGGCCCUGUCACUGCACCCAAGGCCACUAUGCCCCAUGCAGAAGCAACAGUGCAGGCCAUUCUGGAGAUACAACCUGGCCCCGCCUUGCCCCAUCUGGAGAAGUCUCAGAUCCAGCAGGACCUAGCAGCUACUCGGGACAGUCUGGCUGAUCUGGUGCUGAGGCUGCAGCUAACGCAGCGAGAGAAGCGUGGGUUGGAGCUGCGGGAGGCUGCACUGCGGGCCCAGGGCCCUGCCCACCAGCUGCUCCUGCAGCAGCUUCGCUGGGAGCGGGCUCACUUUGCGGGUGAUGGCAGCAGCGGAGGCAGCAGCGAGGACCCAAGCAGCGAGGAGGAGGCUGGGGAGGACAGACAGCAGCACUACCAGGGCCCUCCUGCCCUCCUGGAUGGUCAGAUGGGCAAAGUGUGGGACUCUGAGAAUGUGUCCCAGGAACUGUCAGCCUCCCUGGCCCGGGCAAUAGACCUGCGGGCACAGCUGCAGUCCCUGCGGCGGCAGCUGGAACAGAUGGCUCAGAAGGGCCGAACCAGACGUGUUCAGAGUGCCGAGCUAUCCAGAGAACUGUGCAAGGCUCACAGCGCUCUGGCUUUGGCCUUCAGAGGAGCCCAACGGAAGCAGGAAGAGCAACGCCGGAAGUUGGAGCAACAGGUGGCUCGGUUGCAGGCUCAGCAGGCAGAAGAGCUGGCAGUGCUGACUGCCACCGCUAGGGCCCUGGGGAAGCCUGGGGCACCCCAGCCAGCCCAGACUUUCCUGUAGGGCCCGGACCACGUUUGCAUGUGACAGGGAGGUGGCUGGAGUGUCACAGUGUCCUGUGGUGGGCGGAGAGGUGGUCCAGCAACUAAGAGUAGGGUCUCCUCUUGCGGGCACUUGGGUUUAAUUGCCAGCCUCAGCAGCCAUGGCGCCUGUGACUCCGGGUCAAGGAGAUCUGGCACCCCCUUCUGGCCUCUGCAGGCUCUGUACUAAUGUUCCCUCACACAUGUAAUUAGACAAAGUAACUUACAAACUUGC